AUGGGAGUUGUGACUUGGUGCCCUCCCCCACCUAUGGAUUCCCUUUCAAAGGGUGUUGUUGUUGUUGACUCUUUGCGUAAUGCUUCUCAUCCGAUUGCUAUUGGUGCUCUGGUUCCGCCUAGAUUUUUUGUUGCUGGCAAGCACAACUUUGCUCGUGUUGCCAAGUCUGUUGCUCAACCCUCUAGGGGGGUUCGACUACUUCCCUGUGCCAAAUCCUCCCCUGUGGUGGACAAAAUUGGGUUCUACCAGUGUUGUCACCUUGCUUCGGACUGCUCCAUUUCACGCCAUAAAGGUGCUGCUACUUGGUGGAAAAACGCUAUUGUCGAUCACUUGACCAUCCAUGCCAUUGAUCUGAUUUCAGAUGACUUCUCUCGUGAGGUUGAGGUGCCUCCUACUGUUGCUAAUGUUGCAGUUGAUUCCACCGUAGCCCCUCUCGCCCCCGUGGACUCACCUAAUAUCGUCGUUGACUCGCAGCUUUGUUGUCCACCUACUGGUUCUGCUCCUGAUGCCACUCCUCUACAACAGCUUGUUGUUGAUCCCAUGCAGCCCCUUGUUGCAUUGCGACAGCUAGUUGUUGCCCUGCAGCAGCAUAACGUUGGCUCUAGUGAUGGUUCUCAAGUUGGAUCCUCACUACUUGAGCAUUCUUUUGAUGGUCCCAAUGAUAGUAUCGUCUGGACGACUGCGAGGUUGCUGGCAAAGGUUGCGGAUGGUGGCUUUAUUCCUGCCAAUCGCAUUUGCUUGAAAGCUUCUGAAGCCUUUUCAACAAAUCCCUUCUGCGUAUUCACUACUGGAAGAAAUGCUUCUCACAAUAGCAGCAGCAAGGGCUCUGUGAUUGGGGUUCUAACUGGAGGGGUUGCUCUGUUUGGUUUCAUUCUUGCUCUAGUGUAUUAUAUUCAUCGGCGCCGUGGUGACAAGUCCUCUGGAAAUGAAGUUUCCACAGCAUCUGGCAAUAGUGGCACUGGGAGUGGGAGCUACGCCUCAUUUGCACCUUCCAGUUUGUGUAGGCAUUUCACAUUUGCUGAGAUCCAGGAGGCUACUAAUAACUUUGAUGAGUCUCUAAUCCUUGGUGUUGGAGGUUUUGGCAAAGUUUACGAAGGUGAGGUUGAUGGUACCAAAGUUGCAGUUAAGCGGGGGAACCCAUUAGCACAACAAGGCAUCCGUGAAUUUCAAACAGAAAUAGAAAUUCUUUCUAAACUUAGGCACCGACAUUUGGUUUCACUUAUUGGGUAUUGUGAAGAAAAUUAUGAGAUGAUAUUGGUUUAUGAUUACAUGGCCAAGGGACCCCUAAGAGGACACAUAUAUGGAAGUAGUAAUUUGAUUCCUUUAUCUUGGAAACAACGACUAGAGAUCUGUAUUGGAGCUGCUAGAGGUCUUCAUUAUCUUCACACAGGCGCUGCUCAGUCAAUUAUACAUCGAGACGUAAAGACUACAAACAUACUUCUUGAUGAAAACUUGGUUGCAAAAGUUUCAGAUUUUGGAUUAUCAAAAAAUGGACCAGCUCCUGACCAUACCCACGUUACCACUUUAGUUAAAGGCAGCUUUGGAUAUUUGGACCCAGAAUACUUUCGCAAGAAGCGGCUCACUGUGAAAUCAGAUGUUUAUUCAUUUGGUGUUGUGUUGUUUGAGAUAUUGUGCGCACGACCUGCCACUAACCCUUCAGAUGAAGAAGAAGGCCUUGCCGAAUGGGCUUUGAAUUAUCAGAGAAAGGGAAUGCUGCAGCAAAUCAUAGAUCCUCAUCUGAAAGGUAAAAUUAAUCAUGAGUCCCUUAAGACAUACGGAGAGGUUGCUGAGAAAUGCCUUGCUGAGCAACGUGUUGACAGGCCAGCUAUGGGAGAUGUACUUGAGAAAUUAGAAUUUGCUUUGCAGCUUCAAAAGACUGCAAUGGAGAAUAAAUUGGUCGAUGACAGUAAUUACAGUCGUUAUUUAAUUCAACGCUGUGAGGAUAUUGCUGGUUUUCCUCUAUAGCUAAUUUUCUGUACACGGGUUAAUUAUGUGAUGAAAUCAAAAUUAAUCUUCAAAGAGAAUAGAUAUGGUCAGAUUGAAUGCUGUCUUGACGC